AUUCUAGUGGAGGGGUAGAUGGAAGUUAUAGUGGCUAUUCUAAACACACAGCUUCACAUUUAGUCAUCGUCGUCGAUCGGUCAGAGCCGGUACCAAGGUCUAAUCAAUAACCAGUUCUAGACAGUGCGUAUCGUGACACUACUCCACCCAUACUAUGGCAGGCGUUCCACAGGUGGAUAAAUAUCCGACGAAGUAUGAUCCAUAUCGACCCGUGGAUUACAGCUUACACCGCCAAAUUGCGCUCGACGAUUUACGCGAAGAACCGGUCAUCGCAGAACAGGCUCUGCAGCUGCUGCGUGAAUGGAUUACUAAGAAUACGGCCAUCCACGCCUGUCGUACAGAUGCACGGUUUCUGUUGCGAUUUCUUCGUGUCCGCAAAUUUGCGCAUGUGGCAUCGUGUGAGACCCUGGAACGAAACCUCGCGAUGCGUCAACGAUUCCCGGAGUGGUUCCGCCAUCUCGACACAUCCGAACCGUGGGUACAAGAAAUGAUCGAUAGUGAGUUUAUGUUGCCGCUGGGGCGAGACGAUAUGGGUCGUUCGGUCAUUCUGUGCCAAUGGGCCAACGUCGAUAUUAAACGGUUCACGGUCGCGCACCAGAUUCGCUUCAUGCAAAUGAUACUGGAGUGCUUGUUUGAGGACGAGCGAACCCAGAUCGCGGGAACGGUCGCCAUUUCCGAUCACUCGAACAUAUCGAUGAAAUCAAUCGCGCAGUGGUCGUUGACGGAUAUCAAGAACUACAUCGAUUGCGUCAAUAAAUCGUUUCCGGUGCGUGUGCGUGAGGUGCAUGUGGCCAAUAUGCCAAUGUUCGCAUCCACCGUCGGUGAAUGGAUAAUGAGUUGUUGCAGUGAAAAGUUACGCAGCCGUUUGAAGUGCUACGGAUCUGUGGAAGCGUUCGUUUCGACAACCAACCUAAAGGCCUUGCUUCCAAAAGAGUACGGUGGAAAGCAGGAUGUUUCGGAAUUAAAACGGGAGUUGAGACAAAUGCUAGAUCAGCACCGGGAGGUACUGCUGGCAUUGGAUGACAUGAAAAUCGACGAGAAACGCUGCGGCUCGAUUUGGAAUCAAAACCAGCGUACUGACCUUGAAUCUGGUGCAAUCGGCAGUUUCCGGAAGCUGAAUGUAGAUUAGCAACGACUUCUAGCUGUAUCCGUUUUGUCUUAACUCGAUUACCGAUUGCUCCAGAUGCGCAAUCUUUGAAAACUAUACAUUCCACUAACAGCACAUCGGACGACAAACAAGUGAAGUGGCUGGGGAAU